CAACAAGAUGGCAGUAGCUCUCAUGUCUGAUUCCUAAAAGCUUUUUGUGAUAAAUAUUGCUUUGUUUAACUUAAUUGUGACAAUUUAAUCAGUUUGAAUUAUACUUGAACUAAUCUUUCAAAAAUUAAUACAUAUUUCAUUGGUGACAAUCAAAGGCCCGAGGGUAAACAUAAGAGUAAAGUUAAUCAUGUCCCGAUGUAUCUUGAGGGUGCCGCUAAGAAAUGGUAUACUCAGGAAGUUAAGCCUCAACUCGCUACUAUCAAGUGGACAGCUCUCGUGUCUGAGAUGCGGAAUAUCUUCUUACCCUCUGACUAUAUGACUUGCCUUCGUGAUGACUUGAGAAAUCGACGCCAACUCAGAAGUGAAUCGGUCUCAUCUUAUAUUGUAGACAUUAGGGAUCUUUGUGCCAAUGUGAAUCCGGAUAUGAAUGAGAAGGAAAUUUUCGACUUUCUUUUUGCUGGUUUGUUACCCCAAUUGAAGAGUAAAAUACUCGAAUGGGAACCAGUCACCAUAAAAAAGUUCAUAGAAUGUGCAAAGAAAGCUGAACGAUCUCAGGGCAUUUCUAAUGAUCACUCAUCUUCGAAUUCUGAUGUGACAGCAACCCAAGUUCAGUUGGAACAGUUGACGGAUCUGGUGAAAAUUUUACAGCUUGAUCUUCAACGGAACAAACCAGAACCGGACGAGUCUUUUUUGACUCGCUCUGGAUCGAUAAAGGAGCGAACAGUGGAUAGUCGACCAGUAUGCUGGAGGUGCAAUCGACCAGGUCAUCAGCAGAGCAAUUGUCGGGUAAAUCGUUCUUUCAGAAGUUAUCCGUCUCAAUACCAGCAGGAUUCACAAUCCUAUGAUCAUUCACCUAACAUAGCGCCAACUAACCAACCCCUUUUUACAAUCAAUACCGACCGCCAAUUAAUCAACCGGUCUUCUAUAACCAAUAUCAACGCCAACAACCACCAAAUUUUGAGCUGCUUCUUUGACGCACUUACAAUUACCAUAGAGAAAAUCCAAAUUACCGGGGUAUUCAGCCAUACUUAUACAUUGGUUGGUAGUUCACAACUACCUUGCAUUUAUCGCAUAUGCUUAUUUUUGGGUUGAUCUGCGUACAAAAACACUAAGUUUGCCAAACCAGUAUCCGUGUACUUUAGUAAACCCUUUAUUCAACUUUCGAUGCAUAGCCAUUUUGUUUCCUUCCCUUUAUUAUUUUGUUUCCCUAUUUUCUCUGGCUAUACUGUUCCUAUUCCGGUCAUGAUUAAAUUCAACAUUUCUCGAUGCUCCAUAAACAUAAAUCAACUUUAAAA